GCAAAGCAAGCAAAGCAGCUAUUCGCCAUCGUUGAUGGGCGCACAACGACGGUUCGGAGCUGGCUGCAUUACUUAUCCAGUGAUAAACGUGGAUUUUUGUGCUUAAUGCGAACAAAAAGUACGUCCAAGUGAAACCAAAAUCACGUGUAAAGCGUUUGACGAGAUACCAAAAGAUGUCAUCUGCACAAGUUGAUCGCACUACCAAAGUAGGUCAUAUUGCUAAAAAAGAAAAUGAAAAAUCAAGAAAGGCAUUUAAUACCUCACACAAAAAGCACAAACAUGAGGACAGUCGUCACUUUAAGUUUGGUAGAAAACGUUUGCAGAGUUUUAGUAGCAAUGGUAAAUUCUUUCCACCAUAUAAACGUAGAAAGAAGGAAGGUGUGAUUAUUCCACCUACAAAAUUUUUGCUUGGUGGUAACAUAUGUGAUCCUUUAAAUUUAAAUAGUAUGCAAGAUGAGGAAAUAAAUAGAGCUAUGAAUGCUGUUACACCUAAGUCUAGCCCAUUGCCAACACCUAAGCACAAAAAAGAGGUUAUUGAAGUCAUAAUUCCACCAAAUAUCUGUGAUCCUUUGAACUUAAGCAAUUGCAAUGACAAUGAUGAAUAUGAGAAACAACUUAUAUCUCCCACAAAAAAGGGUUCCAAGCGACGAAAUAGAAAGAAAAAGCGAGCAUCAUCUGGUUCUGGGAAUGAUAUAAGUGAUUCAGUUGAAACUAAAAUUAAAGACUGUGAUGCCAUUGAUAUGACAGAAUCUGUAGAACAAAAUGUUCCAGAGAAUAUUGAGGCAGAACAGCAGCAACCACCACUAAAUUCACCACCAGCUAAUUCAUCUAAUCAACCUAAGGAGUCAAAACCAGAAAGUCCACAAAAAGAUAAAAAUAAAUUACGUUUGAAAGGUUUAGAGGAGCCUAAAGACAAGAGGUUAAGGAAAGUGGAUGUUAAAGACAAAAUUGUCAGUCCUGUAAUUCCUCAACCUGGAGCAUGGAAGCCUAGACCUCAGCAUAGGCCAAGUCAGGACAAGAAAAAGAAACAAACAAUGCCAAAAUUCAGAGAGAAAGAUGCACGGUACCAGUAUGGAAAUUACAAUAGGUAUUAUGGAUAUCGCAAUUCUCAUAAUGAAAUGGACACAAGACUGACAGUAUUUGCACAGCGUAAACAUUUAUUCAUUGGAAAAGAUGUAUUAGACAUUGGUUGUAACAUUGGCCACAUUACUCUUUCUGUUGCAAGAGAUCUUUCUGCCCGCAGUGUAACUGGUAUUGACAUUGAUAGAAUACUCAUCAAUAUAGCUAGAAAAAAUAUCAAACACUAUGUCAAUUGUGUACAGUCCCCUGCUGGUAAUGAAGACAGCGAUCACCAGGAUGUAAACUUCUUCCCAAUGUCUAUGCCAAUCAAUUAUGGCCCAGUUGAUAUUCCAGGUUUCACAAAGAAUAAGAGUCACAAAGGUUUUCCUUAUAAUGUCACUUUUGUACAGGGUAAUUAUGUCCUCGAGGAUGACUCUUUGUUAUGUACAGAACAGCCGCAAUUCGAUACGAUUCUCUGUUUAUCAAUAACUAAAUGGAUACAUUUGAAUUUCGGAGAUGCAGGUUUAAAACAAGCAUUCAAACGUAUGUAUGCACAGUUACGCCCGGGUGGUGUCUUAGUAUUAGAACCUCAAGGUUGGAGCAGCUAUGGCAAGAAAAAGAAUCUUACAGAACGAAUAUACAAGAAUUAUCAGAGUAUUGAAUUUCGGCCGCACAACUUCACGCAAUAUCUCUUAUCCACUGAAGUCGGUUUUUCCAAAUGCGAAGUACUAUCAAUUCCUCCACAUCCAUCAAAAGGAUUCCAACGACCGAUUCAUUUGUUCACCAAAGCUGGCCUAUCACAAGAGACUCUGGAUAAUUCUGUGAAAAAUACUUCAAAACGACAAGAACGAAAAGAUGAAGCGAGAAGAAAAUUAGAGCAGAAGGAAUACGAGCAAAAACUGUUUAAAAAAGAAGAAACUAAAGAGGGAAAUAUGUCAGAGAUUAGUCAACAAAGCAACGAAUCUAUGAGUCAGUAUGAUCAAUUAGAGAACGUUUAUGCGCCUAGUGCAACUCCGUGUUAUGAUACGCCUGGUUACAAUAGCGACAAUCAACCACCAGAUGCCUCAAAAAUGUGUUACCUGGAUGUCAAUAUAGAAAGUGAUAAAGUUGAAGCGGACAGUCAGGUUGAAUCAAAUAUACCACCAACAGUCAGCACGUUCGAAAAUAAAACAACUGAAAAUCAGACGUCACGGAAACGGAAUUUGGAAACGGAUGAUCUUAACACAAUAGAUACAAAGAGAUCCAAAAAAGUAAAUGAAAUGCCUAGAUCUAUUACGAAUGAGAAUCAAAAAACAACGGAAGUUAAGCAAGAAGAAAUAUCACAAGAAUCAAUUUCUGUAAACGAAAGUAAAUCAAAAGAGGAACUAACAAAGGAUAAUGAAUCGAAUACUCAAUCAACAACUAAGGACGAUCAAUUAAGUAGCCAUUUAAAUGAAAGAACUAAUAUGGAAGAAAGCAAAGAAGAUUUAAAAACCAAGGAAUGGAAGGAACCAGAAAAUGGAUCGAGGAGUCCUUGCGAAAAAGAACAAACAGAAAGGCAAUGUUGUGAAUUGACUUCGGACAACACGUAAAUAGGUAUUUUUUAUGCCCUCUGCGUAAAAAACAAACGGUGCUACCAUAUAGACAAUUUGGGCUGUUUGGUUAUCCAUUUACUUGGUCGACCUUUUCUGUUUUCACUCUUCUUUCCAUCCACUCUUCUUUUUUUCUCAUGAAUAUCCUAAGCGGGCACUAAGUAUUCGUUGCUUUUCUUAUCGUCCAAGGGAGUUAUAUAGAAAUUGUAGCCCUGAAACAUGAAUAUCAAACAAUCCAAUUUGUAGUACCGGAUAUCUAAAUUUCAUAGGUAAUUUUAACGAAAACAUGGUAUAACCACAAGUAUAAACGAAUAAGAGAAGAACAAACAAUUUGUAUUCGUGAACGAAUAAGAUAUUUUAUCUUUAGAUUUCCACAAU